GCGCUCCGAAGCGCACGCGCCGCGCACCGCACGCAUGAAGACCGAGGACCAAACCACCGAGGAGGCGGCGCGCCGGGCGCCUGCCACCAGACGCCAAGAAAAACCACCCUACUCCUACAUAGCCCUCAUCGUCAUGGCCAUCAGGCACUCGCCCAACAAACGGCUGACCCUCAGCGAGAUAUACGCAUUCCUCCAACAGCAGUUCCCGUUCUUCCGCAGCUCCUACCAGGGCUGGAAGAACUCCGUGCGCCACAACCUGAGCCUGAACGAGUGUUUUGUGAAGCUGCCGAAAGGGCUGGGUCGGCCGGGCAAAGGGCACUACUGGACGAUCGACCCGUCGUCGGAGUUCAUGUUUGAGGAGGGGUCGUUCAGAAGAAGGCCGCGAGGGUUCCGCCGCAAGUGCCAGGCGUUGAAGCCUCAAUUCGGGAGCGGGGGUUACUUGAGUGGAAGUGGUGUGGCGGCGCUGCCUCCGUCGCAGGGUGGUUUUGAGUUGGCGGGCGGGAGUGGUUCUGGCGGCGGGGGGUCUUCGCUGGACUACAGCUCGUGCGCGUACCCGCACGCGGGGUCCUCGGGGCAGCAGCUGUACGGCGGCGAGUACUGCGCGUACGGCGUGGAGCGCGAGUGGCCGCUGUACGGCGGUGUGGACGGCUACCGGCCGCCGGCGCCGGCGCUGCCCGCCCACCACGAGCUGCCCGACCUCAUACCCAACUACCAGUACGCCGUCACCAACGAGCAUGGUGCAGCUCCCAUGUUCGCUGGGGUCCGCAACGUGCACGGCCAGAUGCUUCCCAGCGGCUCUAUGGGGGGCUCCCCCAUAGGCCUGGGCAGCUUCGGGCUCUCCUCCUCGCUGCCGCCGGACCGCAAGGUGUACACCUCGCCCCCCACGCCGCUGCCGGCGCUGCCCUCCCCCGCAUCCAUAACUCACACCCCCACGCCCACACCGGCGACUUCUACCCACUAUUACUAAACUUAUGCCCGUUUUCACCAUCAAUCCCUAAUUUUAAGUGACCCCUAUGUAAACAAAAUUCCAUAUGGGUCACUUAAAAAUUAGGGAUUGGUAGAUCGUUUCAGUUUAUAUUAUCGCCCUUUUAUAUUAGAGAGCUGAAUGCCAAAAAUCGAUUUUGCCAAAUGCGAAUUGCCAAAGUUGUCGAAAAUAUUCACGUAUCCGAAAUCCGAGUUUAAAUAUUAGGGGACAGGGAAAGCAUUAUUAUAACAAAAUGUUUUAUACAGUGUGAGUCACGUUAAAGUGUACAUAUGAAAAUAGAUGAAACUAGACCUAUUUUUAUCGACAAAAAACAGGUCAAAAAUUUUUUGAGAUUUUUUUUUAAUUUUUUAUAGAAUUUUUUUUCUUCCAAUUACUUAUUGUAAAGAAAGCGUAAUAACUUUUAAACUAAGCGGUAUAUCCUGAUAAAAUAAAAACAGUAAUAAUGCUCAAUAACAGGCGAUACUAAAAAAAUACAUAAAAUACACAAAAAAGGCCAACAAAUAAUAAAAUAUGAAACUUUUUGAAAAAAAUCUGCUUUUAAAUUCGUGUUUUUUUGGUUAUUUGAUAAAUUUCUCCAAAAAAUGCCCCUAUAACAGGUGGUUUUUAUUACUUUGUAU